AUGUACAAAUAUCGACUGGGCAGAUGGAACGUGCAUAAGUACAGAAGUAGGAAUAGCAGGUCCCCAGAUCAGGAUCAAGAGUCAAGUGUAGUCAUCCGGACACAACGCCGCCAAUCGACCAACCUGAAAUCCCCCGCAUACGGCGGUAAUACCGCCAACUCUCAAUUCACCGUGGUACUUGUUUCUGGGACUCGGGGGAAGCGUGGUAAGAGUAGGAAGUUGAUGAAGAAUCACGCACGCGUAUCGAUACCAGAAUGGGUCUCAACGCCUGACGUCUUCUGCUUGCCUGAAGAAGUCAUAUACCUGUCCCGACAACUUAGCUUUGGGUUAGUCGCGCUUGGAAAUUGGACCCACGAAGAUAAUCUUGACAAUCCGGCAAGCAACAAGUGGUGGGGAAGGACAAUAACCGCCUCACAGCUCUUCGACCAGGGCAAGUUUAAGCAAGCGUUCAGCACACUCAGUCCAUGUUUCGAUCAAUUCACCACGCUUCUGCAGAACCCCGACCCAGGUCUACUUCAAGCGAUUUACCUAGUCGUCCUCCAGCUAAACACCCAGCUGGCUGAACACUUUCUAACAUUUGCUGCUGAGAUGGCAACGAUUAAAUUACCUGCUCGACAUCCUCUCCGGAUUUUGAUGAUAAAGCUCAAAGAAGCAGGAGUCCAAAGUUUGCGGCGCCAUGCUUAUCAUAUCCUAGAAUCGUAUGUCGACGGUCUUGAGAAUCAGCUGGGUCAAUCCAACAAAGGGGUUCUGUUAUUAUGUGAGAAUCUCUGGGAUACGCUUGAUUACCUGAGCCACGAGAAGGAAAUGCACUUUGUAGACUCUCAAACAAUCCAGGAGAGACAGCGAAGUCAGAUCGAAAGAUUGGAGUCGUCGGGUUUGGUCCCUCAGGCCCAGUCAGCAAAGCUGUCGCUUGCCUUCGCAUACGACAGGCAUGAGAUGGUGGAAGAAGCAGAGAAAAUGAAUGACAGCGUCCUUGAGUGGCUUCAAUCACGCCCGAAAGGCCAACAUUCAAAAGCGAUAGACCGAUGGGACAGUUUGUAUCUUCGAUUUGUGUGCAAAGAGAAAAUAGGCACGAUCGAAGACGUUACAAUGGCCGGCAAAGAAUAUAUCAAAGUGUUGGAGGAAGAGCUCGGACCACAACACAAACGGACCAUUACCGCGGUUGGCUACCUGCAGGAGUAUUACAAGAAAAGGGGGCUUGUAGAUAAAGCGAAGGAAUUGGAUCAAGUUCUUGAGCUCGGCUCUGAAUCGCCUGGAUAA